CAUACCUAGGUACCCAUCCACUCACCCAGUCUGUCUCCAUCAGAUCGCUAGACUCGAACAACUGACAACGCACUUCGUCCUUCUCAACCCAGACCCCAAACUUGCACCAUAUGAACGCCAUGCCUCACGUCGCAGCAUUCCACGAACUGCAUGGCGCUCUGGCGAGCUUCUCGGAGGACUCUGACAGCCACGCCGAUAACCUCUCUCCGCUCUUCGAUCGGUUCGCGGCUCCCGAUGUCAGCGUCCGCUUUGUUGGCCAGGAGUUCAUGCUGGCCCGUGACCUGAAGGGCCUCCAGGCGGUCAAGGAAUACUUCCAGGGAACUUUCCUUCCCGCCUUUUACGGCGCCUUGGACACGACCAAGCCCGUUCAUAGCGAACCCCCCAUCUUCAUGGGCAGCCAUGAUAGCGAGUGGUCGGCUGUUGAGAUGAGGGGCUCGGCUACUACCAAGAAUGGUAAACCGUGGGUUAAUGAGGUCGUUCUGGUGGUCAGGAGCAACAAGGCGGGAAAGUGGGUCGAGGUCAAGGUGUACAUGGACACGCUUCACCUGCAGACACACCUUCUGCAGGCCAAGUAGUAAGCGGCUGGAGAGGCGAGCCGGAUGCCCUACUUCGUUGUCGGCCCGAGAGAGGAGGAGGUCGUAUUUUCGAAUGCUGCUAAGGAUUGAACCGCCCUCGCUAUUUUGUUUUGAAUCAGAGCAACUCGGUACCAUUUGAUGCCGCCGGGAUCAGUCUGCAAUGCCGCUCGUUUACAUGUAGGCAUCUGAAAUUCAGGUGCUAUUUAGUAUUAGAAAAGCGAAUACAACACACGGUUAUUCGGAACAUCGUUUCCAUGUUCUGAGGCAAUGGAACGUCAACGUCACUUUGGACGUUUUUGGAUGCCAUGAGAGUAGGGGUUGUAUGACCGUGACUGCAAGCCGGUGAAGCCGUAUUCGGUAAAUCGGGGCAAACCAGCGCGCCUCCCGCGUCUUCUAGUUAAAAUUCCGUCCCAAUGCAACCCGUUUUCUCCCUUUCAGCCUUUCAGCUGAGCCACGGCAAGCGGUCGUCGGGGGUUGAG